AUGAUUUCGCCCGCCGGUGCUUCGGUGCGCCACAUCAUGAUGGCCUUUGUGGGCCUCAUGGUGGCAGUCAUAUCUGCUUUGCCAUCUGGUCGAUAUGCUAGAGGCCUUCCCUUGGCCCCUGCGGAUGAUCCGUUCUAUCAACCCCCGGCUGGCUUUGAGUCGGAGGCGCCAGGGACCAUUCUGAAGCAGCGGGAUGUCACUGUUGCCUUCUUGGGCCUGAUCCCAGAUCCAGUGACUGCCUACCAAUUGCUAUAUCGGACUACCGCGAUCAAUGGCUCUGCCAUUGCUACGGUGACCACGAUCUUCAAGCCUACCAAUCCGAAGAACGAUCGAUUCAUUUCUUUCCAAACAGCCUAUGAUAGCUCAGCGAGCAUCUGCGACCCUAGCUAUAAUUACCAGUUUGGGGCUGCGCAGACUGAUAUUAUUUCAUCCGCCGAGCAGUUGAUCCUGCAAAUUUACCUGCUUCUGGGAUACAUUGUUGCCUCGCCGGACUAUGAAGGUCCUGAUGCGGCUUUCGGCCCGGGUCGUUUGGCUGGAAUGGGAACCCUGGAUAACAUGCGUGCUGUUUCCAAUUUCGAUGCUCUGGGUCUGAGUAGCACUAGCCCCAUGAUUGUUGGCAUAGGCUAUUCUGGCGGUGCCCUCGCUACAGGAUGGACGGCCUCUUUGCAGCCCACCUAUGCCCCUGAGCUGGAGAUCAAAGGUUGGGUUCAGGGCGGCACCCCCUCCAACUUGACCGGCACAUUGCUUGAGCUCGAUGGUGGACUCUUCAGCGGGUUCAGCACUGCUGCUGUGGUCGGAUUGUCUGCGCCCAGCGCGUAUGGCGCCGAAUUGAGCACUCUGUUCAGUUCUAUACUGACGACGGAAGGCGCCUCCAAGAUCAAAUUCGCCAGCGAGAAUUGCGCGGUGCCGGACCUGCUUAACUUUGCUGGACAGUCGCUGUUUUCUACAAGUAUCCAGAGUCUGGGCCCCGGGCUGCUGUACGACCCAACGAUUCAGUCCGUACUGAAAAUGAACACCAUGGGCGUCAACAAGGACGAAACUCCCACCGCACCUGUGUUUGUUUACCACGCCUCGCAAGACGAAAUCAUUCCCUACUCAAACGCAUCAGUCAUGGUCGACGCGUGGUGCAAUGACGGCGCGAACGUGAAGUUUACCACGUUCGCCGCUGGUGGUCACGCGACCACCGAAGUCAUCGCAGUGGCAGAUGCUGUGAACUUUGUCGAAGCUGCCUUUGCCGGUACCACGACGCGCGGAUGUACCAAGAACACGGAACUUGCCAGUUUCCUGAACCCGAUCGCACUGGGCUUGGACCUAGAGCCUCUUCUGGUGAAGCUGAUCGACGUGCUUCUCACGCUUGGUCAGGAAGACCAGAACGUAAAGCAGGACCUUGACGUUCUGCAGGAGACGGUGACUUGGUAG